AUGGACUCAAAAUUGGGGAAAACCGCUCGGGAGACAAGAACCCGAUCCCGAAAAGGCUGUACAAACUGCCGCCGAAGCAAGGUGAAAUGCGACGAGCGAAAGCCUACCUGCACAAGAUGUUGGGAGAAGGACCUGCAAUGCCUCGGAGACGAGAUUAAACUCAAAUGGGAGGCUGAUUUCCGCAAUCGAGGAAUCGCGUUUGGAAGAUCGGGGGUUUGGAGUAAAACUUCAUCCCAAUCAACGGGUGAGGCCAGAUCCAAUGGAGGGCCUAGAUCCCUGCCAGCUGAUACUACUUGGCUUAAGACGCCUGAAAUUCACCCCUGGAACUUCCUCAGCGGAGAUUUCUCCUUAGUUCAGCGCCUAUACGACGAAGAGCAAAAUGAUACGCAGCCACAGCUCCUGCCAGCUUGGGAAAGAGGCACACUGUCUGACGCGCAGAGACCGGAUCCCCCAGACUCGCCCUUAGCAUUUUUAUUGCCUUUCUCAGAUCGGUUUAUACAGGCAGCAGGAUUUGAAAACCAGGACAUACAGCCAUCCCUUCCAUUGUUCCCCUCCUUGAACGAUCUAGGGAAUCCGAUAUUAUUCGAUUACUAUAUCAACCAAAUCUGUCCACGCACGGCGCCCAGCGCAGUCUCCAAGUCACCCUUUGCGUCUGUCAUUCUUCCAUAUUGCCUUUCGGCAAGACCUACCGUCCUCAGAGCCAUUCAAGCAGUCGCGGCCUGUCAUUGGUCUCAAUAUGACUCACAGUACAGUAGACUGGGCUUACAACUCAAGUCCAAAGUCUUGACCGAUUUGAGGCGACAGAUCACAACAGACCCACAAUCUCUCGUCGCACCAGACCCGGAAAUCCUAGUUAUUGUGAUGCUGUUAUGCCUCUUUGAAAUUGUGGACCAUUGUGAUUGGCAGUGGAUCCUGCAUCUUCAGGGAGCGAAAGAUAUCAUACGACUUCGAAGGAGGCAAUUACAAAUCUCACCGGAUCUCUCCGUUCGUCGCCAAGAGGACCCGGUAUCUGCAUUUGUGGAGCUGUUCUUUGCUUUCCAAGACGUCAUGGGACGUACAGCCUGUGUAAAGGCAGACUUGUUUGGAGCUAGCUACUGGGAUGAGCAUGACCCUUUCAUCGAUGAUUGGAUGGGUUGCAGUCCGGCCCUCGUCUCAGUAUUAUUUGCUAUCAUGGACCUAAGUCGAUCACGACGAUCCAUGGUGUCAGAUUCGGACAGAAUGACUUUCAACAUCAAGGCUUCUUUGUUGAACACCAAGCUCGAGAAUUUAGUUCAACGAUCACACACCAAUGCUCCAGAUCAAACGCUCCAGAACAUCGCGGACCUGAAAAAGCUCACCUGUCAUGUCUAUCUUCAUUGUGCUCUAUAUGAUGGCAAGCCGACCAACCUGAUGAUUAAGAGUCAUGUGCGAGAAAUCCUCAAGGGGAUUGUCAAUCUGAUCGAGCAGGAGUCGGUUUCCCAUGUCAUUUGGCCGCUUUUUGUGGCGGCUGUGGAAUUGGACCCGCUAGAUCAUGAGCUCUGGACAGACCCAGACACCGGCGCAGUCACGGACGGGAGAGUUUUCGUCUUAAGUCUCCUCGCUCAAAUUGCCAAAGUCAGCGUCUCCAGCGUUUCUCGGACACGAUCAGUCAUCGAGAAAGUCUGGCAAACUCGCGACUACAAUCUGUCUAAGGCCUCUGGGUCUAGUCGAGCACCUUCAUCCGAUUUGAAUGACUGGGAACAUUACGUUGUACCAGUAAGCGAUGCACUAAGUUUAGUUUAA